UAAUAGCAAUAUAUUGAAUUAUGGAAUAUUACUGAUCCAAGAGAGAAUUGGCUGGAAAGAAAUAAAGUUGUUAACAUGUUUCCAGUCCAUGCUUGUGUCAGCGUGUCUACUUGUAUGAAUUUGGCCAGUUUCAGAGAGGGAAAGCGUGGCUCCCUAAUUCCCAUUUUGUCACAGACUGCGAGCUGUGUGUAGUUGCAUGUUGAUUUGCGCAUGCACAUCAAGCACUUAGAAAAAAUGACAAGUUAUUAAUUCAUGUGAAACCUUUGUUGUAAAACGGUGGGGCUGGCCCUCAGAUGGCUAUUUAGCAUGCUAGUUGCCUCGUGUUUGUUGCCAGCUGCUGGCCGUUAACCGUCUCUCAAUGACUCACUUGUUCUCUCAGUAUGCAGAUGAGUAGAGUUGAGAGCAAUACUCUUGUUCUUUUCUCUGUGCCUCCUCACGGUGUAAUUUGUCUUGACAUAUCCAGGGAGGGUGACAGGAGAUGUAAGGUUAGGAAAAUGUCUCAUUUGUUCGCCAAGGUAAACAACCACUAUUCCCAAAGUUGUUGCCUGGCGGCGGAUGUCUCGUCGCCUGCCUCUGAGGACGGAGGCCAGUUGGAGUCAGGAGGUGGGUCCUUAGCAGCAGCAGAGAUGCGGGCUUCAGUGACAGGCUGUAGGAUGAGCGUGGGCACCCUCCUUAAUGGGCUGCUGGUCUCCAUUGUUGCGGCUCUGCUUUGGAAGUAUUCCAAGCUGAGUGAGCAUGCUGCCCUGCUGGAGGAAGAGCUGCAUAUGACACGGCAGUCCCAGGAGCUCUCUCAGGCCCGUAUCGACUACCAUGUUGCCCUACAGGCUCUCCAGGAACACGGCACUCGCAUGGUCUGUACUGGCAAGAUGCACACUGACCGCAUCUGCCGCUUCGACUACCUGUGCUACUGUUCCGAGGCAGAGGAGUUUGUCUUUUUCCACUCCAAUUCCUCUGUGAUGCUGCCCAACCUGGGGUCUAGGCGCUUCCAACCUGCCCUGUUGGACUUGUCCUCAGUAGAGGAUCACAACACCCAGUACUUCAACUUUUUAGAGCUCCCAACUGCGACUUUAAAAUUUAUGCCCAAACCUGUGUUUGUACCAGAUGUGACACUGAUCCUAAACCGGUUUAAUCCAGACAACCUAAUGCAUGUGUUCCAUGAUGACCUGCUCCCAGCCUUCUAUACUAUGAAACAGUAUUCAGACUUAGAUGAUGAAGCUCGAUUGGUUUUUAUGGAGGGCUGGGGAGAAGGCCCGCACUUUGACCUCUACCGACUUCUCAGCAGCAAGCAGCCACUGCUGAAGGAACAGCUUCGGAAUUUUGGCAAGCUCAUGUGUUUCACAAAAUCGUACAUUGGCCUGUCCAAGAUGACCACCUGGUACCAGUAUGGUUUUGUCCAGCCUCAGGGGCCCAAAGCCAACAUACUGGUCUCAGGAAAUGAGAUCCGGCAGUUUGCCAGGGCUCUGAUGGAGAAAAUGAAUAUCACCAGGUUAGAGGAGGUGGAGAAGGAUGGAGGGAGUGCCGAAGAUGAGAGGGAGAAAGAAAAGAAGGAGGAAUACAUUGUUGUGUUUAGCCGCUCAACAACGAGGCUGAUACUGAAUGAAGCUGAGCUAAUCAUGACACUGGCCCAGGAGUUCCAGAUGAAAGUAGUCACAGUAUCCCUUGAGGAACAGUCUUUCCCCAGUAUUGUGCAGGUAAUCAGUGGUGCUGCCAUGUUAGUCAGUAUGCAUGGAGCUCAGCUUAUCACCUCAUUGUUCCUCCCCAGAGGAGCCACUGUGGUGGAGCUGUUCCCCUUUGCUGUGAACCCAGAGCAGUACACCCCAUACAAAACCCUUGCUUCCCUUCCAGGCAUGGACCUUCACUAUAUCUCUUGGAGGAACACUAAGGAGGAAAACACCAUCAUUCACCCAGACAGACCCUGGGAACAAGGGGGUAUCGCUCACUUGGAUAAGGAGGAGCAAGAGCGAAUACUGGCAAGCAAAGAUGUCCCCAGGCACCUGUGCUGCCGCAACCCAGAGUGGCUUUUCCGUAUCUACCAGGAUACUUUGGUAGACAUCCCUUCCUUUUUGGAAGUCAUCAAAGAGGGCAUGAAGACAAAGCCCAGCUUGAAGAAGUCAAAGCCGGCCAGCACACUACACCCGGGCCGAGUCAGAGAACCCCAGUGUCAGACCUCAGUACAAACCACAAAUGAGGCUAAACUUACAGUCUCCUGGCAGAUCCCGUGGAAUCUGAAAUACCUGAAGGUCAGAGAGGUAAAAUAUGAGGUGUGGAUCCAGGAGCAGGGAGAGAACACCUACAUGCCUUAUAUCCUUCCCCAGCAGAACUACACUUUUUCAGAGAACAUUAAGCCCUUCACCACCUACCUGGUGUGGGUCAGGUGUAUCUUCAACAAGAACCUCCUGGGUCCCUUUGCAGAUGUUCUUAUGUGCCGGACUUAGUAAAAACACCUUGCCACUGUUGCUGUGCAGAGUUACACAAAAGUUGAGUCAUGCUUGUUCCAGACAAUCAAAAUGGAAAAGUGAAGUGUUUGAGGACAGUCAUAAAUGGCAUAUCUCUAUCAUCCUAGAGCAAGCCGUUGAACUCUUGCACAGUGAUGUUUCCUUGGCAGCACGUGUAUGGAACAGAUUUCUGUAUGAACUGCAAAGGACUUGAACUACAGGAUCAGAACUCAGUCGCAACAACCGCAAAUAAAUGGAGAGUGUAUUUCCUGAAAAGAAAGAAAGUGCUAAAACACAACUCUAUUGACAAUACUAGAAUUCAAAUCAGCAGAUUUAUUUAUGUGCAAAACAAUAUAUAACAUGUUUUUUAGGAUUAGUCAAAACACUGGUUCUUUACCUUUUACAGUAUGCAAUGUAGCUUUUGUGUGGAGAGCAAAAGAGAUUUUAGAAUAGCGAGAUUUUUUAUGUUUUCUGACUUGUCCAGUGUCUGCUGUGUGUGAGAGAUACGUGUGUGUGGCUUAGUAUACCUACCGAUUGUUGAGUUCCAUACACUGUUAUUUGCAUAACCAAGCCAAAACCAAAGCAACCUUUUCCACAUAGUUUCAGCCAAUAAUUGUUCAUGCCACAUUCAUGUUAUAUACACUCUCAUACCUCUAAUACAGUUUUAAACCCCGUCUCUAAGGACAGUUGUGAAGGAACUGUGUUUUUUGACCUUAAAAGCAAAGAUAGGUGUCAUUUCACAAUCCUUCGAGGAGCACUUUUUGAUGAAAGACAUUGUUCUUUAACAGCACUAUCUUGAAACUUUACAUCUUACAACAUGAGUGCUGUUUCCACAGUGCCCGGCCACAAAUAAUUUUCAUCCGUUUAACUGCAUAAAUAAAUCAUCUUUCUCUAAUUGGCACUAAUUACAACUGUAGGAAUUAUCAUUUCAGUCGAGAGUGAAUCUAUUACGCCAGGCUAUAAUUAGUGUUACUGCCUUGUGUAAAAGCAUUUUCAUUAAGACAACAAGGUAUGUUGCAGCAUAAGAUUCCAAUGCCUUGUGUAAAACUCUCAAUUAAAAUAAAAAUUCCAACCAUGUGUCUUUUCACUCUCCUUAGAGGCUAAUUUGAAGUCUAAUGUUGAAUUUUACAUCCAAAACUGGCUGUUGGAAGUUUUAUUUGUGUGGGGUUUUUUUUGUUAAUGAAGUGCUGCUUGUUCAUAGACUGCAAAAAAUGUGUUUACAUUUUAGACAUUUGAGUCCGAGGUGUUAGUAUGUGGUAGUAAAUAUGUAGCAAGAGAUGUUUUAUGGAACAGUACAAGUUUGACAAAACACUGCCGCCAAUAUAUUGUGUUCAAAAUGUCAUGUUUUUUGGGGGGGUUUUUUGGGCUUCAUAUCCAGUCCACUAAAUGUGACAUUAUCCUCUUUGUAAUGUUUUGGGGGCUUAGUGCUGGGGAGCUCCUUUUCCUUUACCUGACAUCUUAAAUUUGCCAUAAUAUCCCUUUUUUCAUUUUUUUUUUAUUUCACUGAUUUCCCCCUUUCCCCCCAGAGUUCUCAGAUGCAGUUCUUUUUGUCGAUGCACGUUUAAGAGAUUAUUUGAAGCCAUUGUCGUGUGCAGGAUGUGAUGGUUUAUGCAUUUGUAUUGUUGAUUCGAUUUCUGUGCAUCCCUGCCCCACCUCAGUGGAGACAUCGUACUGUAUGUGCUGAGUGAAACGAGAGUGAGUGCACAAGUCUCUGUUUUCUACAUUAGCAAAUAGUUGGAGAUUCCUUUUCAGUAACUGUGGUUGAAUAAAGAAGCUUAUUUCUUAUCCUA